AUGCCGAUCAAAGUGACGAUGAUCGCAUGGGACAUGGCCAUCAGCUGGCCCGUAGUUGCUCGUGAUGAUCCUACCCUGAGCCAGCCUGCCGGAUCGUCCUUGAGGAGAGGCAAUCGCUGCGAGUAUCUCGUCACUAAAAGACCUGGUCGAAGACAAGAAAGCCGGGCAAGCAGUGGCGUUGUCGAAGCUGAAAUGACUGCGAGCACGAUUGAUGGAGUGCCAGGACUAUCUGCUGUGCCAUCUGGGCCAGUCAUUCUUCCAGCGAACUUCUCCACGGCGACGGCGCCGGCACAUUCCCCACCGUCAUCGAUACAACAAGCAAGCCCCUCGUUCCCAGGUUGGACUUCCGACUUCGAUGAGUUCUUCACAUCGUCAUUGCCAUUCGCGAUGCCCGACGAAACCAGCAUCGAGCUGUCAGACACGUCAACCACUCAGUCUAGCGGAGUAAGCACAACCUCAAGCAACACGAGUGUUAGUGGCGGAAGCAACGCCCACUCAAGACCCGCAGAAGACAUCAUUUAUCUGUUUGGGAAGCGACCACGAUCUCCACACUUACCAUGUGACGCAAGCGGUGGGCUGCUACCAGAAAGCGGCAGGGCCCAAUGCAGCAGUUCCAACAGUUUUGUCAAUUCGCAUAGAUGCUUCUCAUGCGUUCUAGAAACUUUGAACAGACUAUCCACGGGAAUGAUGUGUAAGGCUUCGAUCCGAGCACAUGGAAUCAACGAGACUAGCAGCUGGCCACGAUCUGUUCGUUCCAUCCUUUCAAUGAAUGAACAUGCCAUCGACGAAAUGAUUCGUAUUCUCCGCUGCUCGUGCUCUACCGACAGUAUCCUCCUUACAACGAUUGUGCUCGUGGUUCUCAAGGUACUGGAAUGCUACGCUGCUGCGGCGAGAAUGGUGUCGAGGAACGACUCCCCAUCACACCAUGAACUUCAGAGUGGUCCCUCCUCACCGUGGCAGAGGUCCGGCGAGCCCGCCACGCGCUCACUUCAAGAUCGUAUAGGAAGUGAUUAUGAUUGUCAAUCCGCACAGCUCGUUCUUGUGGAAUUGCACCGCGUACAACGUGUAGUGAACCAACUUUCGCCCAAGUUGCACGACUGUAAAGACGGUCUGGACAUGCCAGUUGAGCAAUCGAGUGGCUGUCUCUCCAGUAUUUCGGUCCCAAUCUCAUCUAUUAUCUUGGAGCAAUUAGAGUCGGAGAUGAGAAAACGAAUCAGAGCUUUGUCUUCAGAGAUAAUCGAGGCGUUGAGGCGAUGUUGA